AGCAUGACGUCCAUCUGACAUGACGUGUUGUGUACUUCACUUCCCAUGAGCACUAGCGCCAUGUCUCACAUGACUGUCUCCUGUCGUCACAUGCCAACAUGGCCGCCGCUGUCUCUCCCGAACAUUUCAACAACUUACAGCUUCUGCUGAAGGCUCCAUCCAAAGACGCCGUGAGGGACGUUUGUGUUCAGAGUCACAGAGGUCCGAGUCGGCGGCUGGCAGAGACCACAGCAGCCACACUCAGCAUCCCUGCAGCCCAGGCUGCACAGCUGGUUCAGUCUCUCCACGUUCUGUCCCAUCACGUCCUCUUCUACAACCUCAGCUCUCCGGAGCAGAUCCUCGAGGUCUUCCCGGAGUCUUUCCACUCCAGUCUGAAGAACCUGAUCACCAAGAUCCUGCUGGAGAACAGUCCAACAUGGAGGACAGAAGCUGUCGGUAACCAGAUCUCCCUCCCUCAGCUGAAGGAGUUGGACUGGAGGGUCGACAUGGUGACCAGCUCGGACUCCGUCAGUCGUAUGUCCGUCCCGACCUGCCUGGUUCAGUUCAAGAUGGAGGAUCCGUCAGCAGGUGGCGAGUCGGCUUCUGCGGUGACGGUGGAACUGGGCCGGGAGUCUCUGGACACCAUACUGGACGGACUGGGACGCAUCAGAGACCAGCUGUCUGUGGUCGCUGGGAAAUAGAGACAGAAAUCAGACAGCUGAUUGGCUCGUUUGUAUAAUGACAUCACAGUGGACAUUUGUUACGGACGGAUUGAAGCUGACAUGAAGAUGUUCAUGUUGAUUUAAUGAAACUGAUUGUUUCCUCCUGAAGGUUUGUAGGAUUCAUCAACACUCAGCUGAUUCUUCAGUGAGGAGAUUCUGACUUUGAUAACUGAAUUAUCAUUUCUGUCAGCUGGUAAAAUUACAAAAUAUUGUGAAGUUGAAACGAUUACUUAACUUUUCUUUGUGUCUUAUUUACUUUUUUGUUUUAUAAUUCAUGUCUGGCCACAUGUGAGGCUCAUGUUAUUUUGUCGUUUUGUACAUUAAAUAACUGAUCAGAAGAAAUAUUAAACUGCAGAUAAACGCUUAAA